CAGUGACAUCUACAGAAUUUGAAGAACUAACCCCACGUCUUCCCCGGGGACAGCUGUCAUGGUCACGUUAAACGUAGCACCCGGCACCAGUACCAUUCCAAUACUAGAAUUCGGCUUCAUAGCAGUCGCCACAGAUAACGAAGAUUGUCAAGGAAAAGACGGGGUAACGAUUGAAUUGCAGAAAGGUGGUGAAUUAUCUAUUUCAUCAGGGAAUUUUCCUUCCGACUAUGAUAAUGACCUGGACUGUACUUUCACCGUCAUUCCCAAGAACGGAAGAGCUCUAUCCCUGAACGUUGUUUACAUGUUAACUGAGGACUUUGAAUGUCCUCGAGCUGAUCCAGUUAUAUUGACAUUUGAUAAUGAAGAUCCAGACGCUCGAUGUGGUAGAGGAUUCCACCAAGUAGAGAGACAUAACAUUCUAUCCAGGGUUGUGGUGAAUUUCCAUGCAGACAAUAUCAUACCAGAUAUAGGCUGGUUGAUGUAUUUCAAUGAAACAGAUGAAAAUGAAUGUCAGAGUGGAAACAAUAACUGCUCCCAAAAUGCGGACUGUACAAACAUAGAAGACUCAUUUCUUUGUGAAUGCAAAGAUGGUUUCUCUGGCGACGGCGUAAUCUGUGUAGAUAUAAAUGAAUGUCAGAAUGGAAACAAUGACUGCUCAGAAAAUGCUGAUUGUACAAACACAGAAGGUUCAUUUUCUUGUGAAUGCAAAGAGGGUUUCCUUGGUGACGGUGUAACUUGUGAAGAUCCGUGCGAUCCAAACCCAUGUCAAGGAAAGAAACGGCGUACCCGUUGCAACAUAUGCUCCCGUGAUGCAUGUAACAAUUGUAAAAGGUGGUCUCAGAGCCGGAACAGAUAUUGUAAACCUUGUUGCAACCGACAUAAUGGGAAAUGCCGCAAAAUCGGAAAAAGGGGGAAAAGGAAGUGCAGGCGAUUCUUCUGCUCAACUUGAACCGCCGACUCUUAGAGAGCUCCAACUGAACCACGCCAUGUCCCUCGACCACGUUAUGUUAUAUCACUUAUUGCUUUCUUAGUAUCCAUUACGCUGUCUUAACAUUAUUUACUCCAAACUUUCAUUGUUGAUGAUCUCACAAAGAAAUUUUCAAUUACUAUAUUGUAAGGCAUCAGUCGCACGGAUUUCAGGCUUGUGGUGUCAUUAAUUAUACAAAACAGAGUAUAUCUACCCUAACACGUAUCUUAUUUACUUACACCGCAAAUUCGGCUUUCUUGAAUGAUUAAAAAUGUAAUGAUCAUGCAUAGCAUGGAAUAAUUUCUGAUUAGUCUACAUAAGACAAAAAACAAAAAUGCACAUUCUUAACUUUCAAAAAAAAAGAAAGAAACUUAUCCUUAAUUGAGUUUCUGUUUUAAUAUUUGUAUUUUGCUUAAUAAUUCAUUAUCUUUAAUCCAUUAUGAUAUUUCCUUAAGCUUAUUGAAUAAAAUUCUGUGCAAAUAUUUGUUUGUUUGUUAUCCUUCCGUCUUCGGACCCGUAAUACUCAACAAAUGUCUGUAGUCCGUUAUAAGUAUGUCCGUACCCUGUUUCUGUUGUAGAUAUUUAAUAACCUAUGGCGAUUUAGAGACUUGUUAAG